UUAUAUAUUUACGCCUUAGAAGUUUGUACACACUGAAACUAUGUCGGUGCCAUUUCGCAUUGGUUCCAGUGAAUCGUCUGGUGAUUUGUCUAAUCAUAGUUGGUGCAUAGGAGAUUAUACAGAAGAACCUGCUGAAUAUGAACCUCAGUUAACUCCAGAAAGAAUUAAGUCAGAUGGCUAUGAUUCUAGUGAUACUUUUAGCGACUUAUUAGAAGACAUGGUUGUUCAUCACAAUCAUCGAUCUCACGGAUCAGUUCAUAAUCAUAAAAAAAUCAUGUUGCCCGCCGUAUAUAAACCUAGAAAUUUAUCAAUAGCUUCACAAACAGAUUCAGAUAAAUAUGAUAUUAAUGACGACACAGAUGCCUCGAUGAAUUCAUUAACAAGUGUCAAUUCAAUUUCAAGUUUGUUACGAGAAAAACUAAUGCUAAAUAUUCAAAAAAUGACAAAGGAUAAAAAAUCACGAGCUGAUUACAAAUUGAGAGUCUUUAUAAUAUUUUUAUUUGUGGUCAUCGUUUGUUUGUUAAAAUUCGCACACAUAUACUAUGAUAGACACGUGUUACAAAGGGCAUACUUUAAACAUACAAGAUUUAACAAAGAGGAUCGCUUUUUACGAUUAUAUAGUAUUGAUGGCCACGAAAUAGCAUUUGGCCAGUUAGGUAUGGAACUCGCAGAGAAAGAAAAAACGUUCGACUGUUUAACAGAACAUAAUAAACUUGAUGGAAUGCAAUGUUUUGAAUGGAUGAAAAAAGCUCGAUUGUAUCUUUCUCACGAGGAAAAACCGGAAGGGUUGAACUGUUAUACGAUUGAGUGGCUUAGUUUAUCAAAUGAACAUAGUCCAAUUGAUUGUUAUGAGGAUGGAGAACAAUAUGGACAUUGGUAUGGUGGAGGCCGAACAUUGGGUAUGGCAUGGCCAAUUCAGUUGGGUAGAAUUAAAAUGUCUCCGUUUGUCACUGGGCAAAUUGGUGAACUUCGAUGGGGUAAUGUUCUUGGUAGAUAUUUUAUUAAUUCAAAAGGAGUUGCUAUAACUGUACAUCCAAACACGCCAUUACACGUGUCAAUUAAUGAUGGCUAUAACAAUAGAUUAUGUAUAAAAGCCAGCCAUGAUGAUUUUGCCUAUAGAAGAACUGGCAGUCUACCUAGUUUAAACUACACGAUAUGCUCAGCUAGAAAUAUGAAAACUUUACACUCGGCACUUUCAGAGAAAAUGUUAUGGGAUGGUCUAAAAGAAUCCGAUGCAGAAACUAUAAAUUCUCUUCUAACAGAACCUGUAUGGCAACUAGCACCAACUAAAAAAGAAUUGCUGAAUGAAUCGACAAUGGUCAAUUACACAGAAGAUAUAAUUGCCUUGGGUUUUAUCAAACAAGGUCAUGUAUUAUUAAAUGAAUUUUGGCAAGCAGAAAUGGGUGAUUUUUCAUUGGAUCAAACGCGUUUUCCUACUAUGAAAGAGACAAUAAACAUAAUUCAUCGACGAGGAUUUCGAAUAGUGGUAACUAUUCAACCAUUUAUCAGUACGGAAUCUAGAAAUUUCGUUAAAGCUGUUAAAGAAGGAAUUCUCAUUAUGGAAGUUGGAAACGAACGUAAUGUUCCAGCGUUGACUAGAUAUAAGUCCGUUCAAAGUGCUGGCAUGUUAGACAUAACAAAUAAAAAAUGUGGUCCAUGGCUUCAGCAACAAUUAAAAGAUCUCGUACAAAAAUAUCAGUUUGACUCAUUUUAUUUAGAUAUAGGCUCUGCUUACGAUUUGCCUAGACAUUAUUUAUUUAAUGAAAAUUUAACUAAUCCUGAUCACUAUAAGUCGUUGUUCACUCAAUACGUUUCUGAUAGUGUCAAUGUGUUCGGAGUUUCAUCCGCAAUAAGUCGACCUCCAGCUCCUAUUUUUGUUUCAUUAAACUCAUUAGCGUCCACAUGGGAUUCUCUUCAAGUGAUUAUUCCUACUAUUCUUACGUAUGGGAUUUUGGGGUAUCCAUUUUCACUUCCUGGUCCCGUUGGUGGAGAUUUCUUAGUAGAAAAUGUGUCAAUGCAUGGUUUUAUAUCGCCAGAUAAUCUACCUGUGGAAGUUUUAGGGACACAAUCGUUAAAGGAAUGUAGGCACCGUGAACAAAAUAUUAAUGACAGUAGAGAAUUGGUUAUGAGAUGGAUGCAAUUGGCAACUUUUUUACCAGUUAUACGAUAUGCAAGAUUGCCAAGUGACUGUGAUCCACAAGUACUUCAGUUGACAAAAAAUUUGACUUCCCUUCGGCAACAAAUAAUAAAUCCAUUAUUGAAAAGAUAUGUUCAAGAAGCGCUUGAGACUGCUAUACCAUUGAUAAGACCUUUAUGGAUGCUAGAUCCUUCUGAUACUACUUGUUAUAAUGUGAAAGAUGAAUUUUCUGUUGGAGAGGAAGUGAUUGUAGCUCCAAUAUUGAGAUCCGGAAUUACUGAACGAGAAGUUUAUUUACCAGCUGGUGUUUGGAAAGAUGGCAUUGAAGGCAGUUUAAGGAAAGGAUCGCGAUGGAUUCAUAAUUAUAAAAUACCUUUAGAGAAAAUUGCUUAUUUUUUGAAAAUGCCGAAUAAUACUAGGUUUUGAUUAUUAUCUAUUAUAUACCAAAAUUUUAUUUAUUAUUAAUUUUAUUUUAUUAAAAAUUGAUUAUUCAAAAAUCGAAUAGUAAAUUUCUCAAUUAUUAUUUUGUUUAUUCGCUAACAAUGUGAUAAUUUAUUAACAAAUAAUUACUAUGAACCCCCAAAAAAAUUGUAUAUUUAAUACUAAUGAGUGAAAUAAGUAAAAAACUUGAUUGAAAGAUAAUUACAUUAAAAAUAUUAAACAAUUAUAUUUAUGACUGGUAUUUUAUAUUGCACAAUUUCAUAAUUACAGCUAGAUUAAAAUGUUGAACGCUAGAACAUGCUUCGUUCAUAAAAAUACAACAGUAAAGAUCUACUAUAAAUAUCGUUCGAGUAUUGAAUUUAAUCGAUUUAUAAUAAAAGUAAAAGUAAUUAACUCAACUAAACUCAAUAAUUUCAAUCUGUUAAAUAAAUAUAUGUAUAUAAGUCAUCAAAUAGUUAUGAAUGUGUAUAAACAUAAAAACUGUAUUACAAUUUAUUUAUUUCAAUACUAUGAGAAGUUAUAAAAGUCAAAUAAAUUUCGUGUUUUGUGUAAUAAAAAACCAUUCUUCAUAAUAGUUCCCAAUUUUUUUUUUUA